AUGGUUCUUGAGCAGGAGAAGAUGCUUCCCAGACUGAUUGGCAGCAGGAGUUACGAGCUCACAGGACACACCUCCAAGGGGGAGUUUCCUGGGAGCUGUGGAGCAGGAGCCUCGGUGGAGCGUUGCUCCUGCAGAAACUGGUCUGACUCGGAGCGGUUGGUGUGCAGGUUGCGGCUGAGCGCAGUUCCUGCAGCUCAAGACGGGGAAACGCCCGGGAUGGGCCACUCUUUACGCGCGGCUGCCCUCCUGGCGUUCGUGGUCCUUUCUGUUCUGGUGUCACUCCUCAUUACGAGCGUGAAGCAGUUUGGAUCGGGAUCAACGCGCUUUUCCAACGCAACAGAUGAGGAGGAGUUGGCGGCGCUGCGCAGGGCGCUGGAUCUCCAACUCAGGGAGAGACGGAAAGAAAUCCUCCCGCUGCUCCUACCGUAUGAUGAGAAUAAAGACGGAGUGUUGGAAGAAGUUCAUCAUUUCUCAGAGUUGGACCAGAUCUCUGUUUUGGAUUUCAGUCUGUGGAAUGAGGUCACGCUUGGCUCCGGGAAGGCGCACCGGGAUAGGAUGGGCUGUGAGUCUCUCAUGGACGUACGGGCGGCGGAGGUUCUUGGGUCGGGAUACACCAAACUGGUGGUGAAGGCGAAUCUGGCCGGAGGUCAGCCCGUAGCGCUGAAGCUGGUCAACGAGCAGGGCAUCGACAUGAGCAAGUGUGUGGAGGAUUUUAAAGACCCGCAGGGCUGCAGGGAGCUGGUCUCCUAUAAGCUGCAGAAAGAAAUGCUCCUGCUGCAGAGGCUGCGCCAUCCCAACGUCAUCAAGCUAAAGGGCCACUGUUCAGGAGUCCAGGGUGGAGGAGGAGUAGAAAAAGGGAGAGUCACAGUCAUUCUGGAGCAGGGGACUCCUCUCCAGAUGAUCCAGCUGCUCCAGACUCCCUGGGAGGACAGAUUCAGGGUGUGUCUGGAUCUAGUCCGGCUCCUGCACUUCCUCUCCCGGUCUCCUCUGGGCUCCGUGGGGCUGCUGGACUUCCAGCCGCGGCAGUUCGUCACCGUGUCCGGCGAGCUGAAGCUCACCGACCUGGACGACAUCAGCGCGGAGGAGACCGCCUGUCGGACGGACGCCGACUGCACGCUCCAGUUUCUGCACAGAAACUUCACCCUGCCUUGCUCGUCUCGGGGCGUAUGUGAGGACCUAAACGAAAAGAGGAACAUUUAUAAUGCCUACAGGUUUUUUUUCACCUACCUGCUGCCCCACCAGGCCCCACCCGGCCUCACACACCUGGUAGACCACAUCAUGAACACCACAGGGGAGCUGAAAGCCAACAUCAAUCAGACUCUGGAGGCCUUUGAACACAUCCUCCUCCUGUACAAAUCAGGCCUACACCUGGACAACCUGCACCCUUCAAUACUGAGAGAUUACACCGUGAUGCGAGCCAUGAGGACCUCCGGGGACGUGGAGUACCGCUGCUGGCCGUCCUACAGCCAGCAGGGCUGCGUCUUGUCAGUCCACAGCGCCAGAGAGGCUGCGUACAUUUGUAACUCCCACUCUCAGUGCAACAGCUUCACUCUGACCGGACAGAAGACGUGGACGGGCCGCUUUCUCGCUUCAUUCAGGAGCAGUUUUGGUCACCUGGUGCCCAAUGGAGCCUCAGAGGUGUACGUGAAGAGGAGCAAAGUUCACCAACCGCCGUCGUCGUGACCUGCUGGAUAAACGUUGAAAUCACAGUGGAGCUUGAGUUAACGUGAAGUGAGAGCUGGAACACGGCUCGUUGAUGGGAAGUGAAGUAGGAGUGUUGCGUUUAUGCAGAGAACUGAAGUCUCUCUGUGAACAUGCUGACCGCAGCUCGGCCCUGCUGCAUAAGGAGCGGCCUGUGGAGGCUGUUUGAAGUCAGCAAGUGAAUGUGUUGUAUUUAUAAGGCUUCUGCUCAGCGACUGUUUGAUCUCCCUGCCAGCUCACUGCUUCUGUCAGCUACUAUUUAAAGAGAUUUCCCUUCAGGUACAAUUAAGGAGGGAGAGCCUUGUGCCCUCAUUUUGUUUUUCCUUUAUUUACCAUGUGCCUCGGCUUUCGCUGCACGGCCGCAUCCCCAUAGUAAGAGUUUCAAAGCGAACAUCGGAGCUCAGCGUUUGAAGCCUGUGAGCGAGAAAUCAAAACAAGCUCCAAGACAAAUAGACUUUGAUGAAGGAUGCUGAGGUUGGGGUUGUGUUUUCAUGGUUGUCUGGCUUAAGCUGCGCUGUGUUAGGAGGGAGCAACAACCAUGUGAGCAUUUGAACAUCAACACUAGGGCAGAGCAAUUAUAUUCAUUCCACAGAUGUCUGUUUUAACAUGCAUUUCAUUUUUAGCCUUUGUUAGUGUUGUGUUCAUAAAUAUUUAUAUGAUCAAGUGAAAUGUAAUUUUUCUUACAUGCUCCUGCAUUAUAUGGUGCACCUUGUGGGUGAAACUUAUAUUUUCAAUGAAAAAUUAUUCAAUAAAUGUUUUUUAUACCGCACUUGAAACUGUAAGAUUUGUUCCUAUAUAAAUAAAAAUGUUUUACUUUU